AUGUUAUCAUAUAAACGACAGAAUAUAUCUUCCGACUCCAACCUCGAACCCGACAAUUUCCCACCCGAGUUCUACGACAGCCUUGAUAAAAUAUUUCUUACAGAGCGCGCCCUCCGCGAGUUCGAUCGUAGGAAUACGUUAAACCCGGCUGGGCGCAAGGAGCAAUAUUCCGAACCACUACCAUCCCUAGCCCGCUUUUCAAGACAAGGCGGCCCAGAUACAACGGAUCUUCGAGGAUGCCCUGAGCCCGAAGACAACCCUGAUAUUAGCGAAAUCGUGAUGUCUUUACCGACAAUGGCUGAAUAUCUAUCGGAAUCGACAAUAGCUAGAAUAAAAAAUCCAGAUGCUAAACGUGUGUCAGCCUAUGAUGCAAACUUUGAACAGAUGAUGGCCAAGUAUGGGAUUUAUAUGCCGCAUCAGCCGUUUGAAGAACGUGAACUCCCCACUCCAGAGAAUAUGGAUGAUAUCUAUCAGGUGAUGACCGAGAGGAGGCAAUCCCUGGACCUAGGGGUUUUUACCGAAGAAGACUUUCAAUCUGUAAAGGCGAAAUUUCGAGAUGUGUCAGAAGCCUGUGUCACGCACACCAUUAUUCCACACAUACAAGAAUGUGAAGCACACUCGAAGAUCUCAAGCAGAUAUAACGACCUUUUUAACAAUAUGCAGGCGAUAGGUUAUAAGGGUGUAGUCAAACCUAAACCUGAUAUCUGGGACGGCACUCGUGCUAUUGCGGUUCAUACAACAGUAAAAGAUGCAUUGGGCAUGUUUAUCACACCGAAAACAUCAGCUCAACAUGCGUUGGUCGCACCCAACUUCUUUAUUGAAGUGAAAGGCCCGCAAGGUUCACUUAUCAUUGCUGAGAGACAAGUCCUUAACGACGGAGCAUAUGGUGCUCGAGCUAUGAAUUCUCUUCAGAACUUCAUGGCAGUGGAACCUUCGUUUGAUAACAAGGCCUAUACUUUUAGUGCAACAUAUAUUGGCGGCAUCUUGUCAUUGUAUGCUCAUCAUGUCACUUGUCCUAAGUCAGACUCCCCGGGUGGAUUGCCUGAGUACUGGAUGACUCUCCUUGAUGCGUACAGCAUGAAAUCACAUCGACGGGCUUUUGUUAGCGGAGCCACAGCCUUCCGCAACUUAAGAGAGCUAGCGUGGCGGAACCGAGAAGAUGCUGUUCAGGCAGCGAACGCCAGGGUAUUAGAUCUUAAAGAAUCUGACUUCAGUAAAGAUAAUAGAAACGAUAGUAAUGGCGAACGGCCCUUUCCAUCCCCUUUGAAACAUAGGAAAUUAAAUAAGAAAUAA